UGUUGAUGCUGUUUUGUUCAUCAAUAUUUCUGACAGUAGGACAGUAUGCAUCGUGUUCACUCUUUCAUUGAUUGAAGAUUAACUGCAGAAGACAAACCAUUUGUUUCAAGAAUUUGUUGAAGGACGUGGAUACGGUUUUUCUUAUACAUUACAUGGAGGAGAAGCUGUUUAUGUGAACUUCAUUAGAAUAUUUAUAAUUUCAAGAUGGCUUCCAAUUCGAAGCGCAGCAUGUCGGUUCAGUUCAGCCAAUCAGCAGUCAGUACACUGUUGGUGAAACACAGCACAGUGACCCCUGGUGGAUUGAGGAGACACUCACUGAUGCCAGCCUCGGAUAAGUUACACAAACAUGGAAUGUCCCAUCUUGCAGUACCAGGGCAGCUUGGCCGACGAGGGUCCUUGUUUACACAUCGCCUGAGUAAGAGAGAUGGGAAAAGGAGAGAUACUCCGGAGAAGUCGGCAACACCUUCACAGGAGGAGAACAGUGAGAACCGACCACCAUCACGCAACGUCAUCUGGAAUGAGGAGAUCGAGAAACUACAGAUCAAGGAUGAUGAUCUGCAGAAGAUCCAUGAACCUCGUCCUCCAGCUGAGCGCAAGAAGACACCUGUCCCAUCAACAGUUACAGUUCGAAAACUGAAGCCACCUGCUGAACUCGAGAAACCCAGGCCUAAAAUUGUGACUGUAGCUAAGCCAGCGCCACCUGAUGCUCCGGUCAAACCCAUCGACUACUCAGGGUUUGCCGGACCCCGUUACAACCCUGACGGCAGUGUUAUACAGCACAGCAUUCUGGGAAGCUACAACGACUUCCACCGGCAAGCUGUCAAGAAGGGCGACCUCAUUGACAUCCCGAGCCCCCGCGAGCUGGACACCCAGCCCCCAGCUCCGACUCUCAAGUAUGAGAAGAAGAGGAAGAUGAUGAAAGACAACAUCCGGGCUCAGGCGGACGAGAACAACGCUCUGAAGAACUGGCAGCUGAGGAUGAUAGAGAGGAAGAGACAACAGGGAUACAUCUCAAAGCUGUUGCAGAAGUCUCCGGAGGACCUGGCCAUGAACCAGGCAGACAACUUCCGCAGCAUCCAGGAACAGAGACACAUCAUCGACAGGACCAUCCCCACCAUGGACUACGGCAAGGGGUACCGAGUGGGGAGUGAGUACUGGAAGCAGCAGGAGAGGUUCGGGGAUGAAACGGUUGGAAUACAUAUGACCUUGACCCAGACAGAGAAAGGUUACCCAGUUCCCGUGGAGCAUGUAGGACUCCCUCAGACUGUUAGGAAGGAAAAAGGCUGUCCCUGGAGCCCCAACUACACGGUCCCCGUGUUCUACCCCUGGCACAAAGCCCCCUUCUACGAGAAGCGGAAGAGGCAGCUGCAGUCCGUCAUCGAUGAACUCGACCCUCAUCAACCCGAUUUUGACCAGCUGGAGGUGAUCGGCACAAACGACCCGUUCAGGGGCAGGGCGGAGAUAGAGUCGGACUCUGGGCUGACGGAGAGACUUGAGUCGGAGGACCGCUACCUGGGUCUGGGAGAGGGGGACAAGGGACCGCAAGACCCGCUCCAGGACCACCCUGAUGUGUACCCAGAGCCGGUGUUCGGGCCGUCCCUGCAGAUCGCUGGUCAGCCAGCCCGCUGGACAGGGGACAGUCACGGCUUCAUCGGCCAGCCUGGCAUCCAGGCCCGGAUCUCGUUUGAGUCGUACACGAGCGAGCGCAUCACUUCCUACCUGGAGAUCAUCAACGAUGGAACCACAUCCAUCUACUACGACUGGAAGCAACUCCCCAAGGACAACCCGUUUGAGUUGGUGCAGGCCACUGUGCAGAGGUUCUACUUCAACAACAGCAGCGGUGUAAUCCUGCCGGGAGAGACGAUGAAGUUCCCGUUUGUCUUUAAAUCGCCCAAUGCUGGAGUCUUCACUGAACAGUGGAAAUUUGAGACUCGCCCCGUCGUCUGUGGUGGCGCCGACCUCAUCGUGUCCCUGAGAGGCGUGGCACUGCAGGAGGACAUCUACCAGAAACAGAGACAAGAACUGGAGAAAGAUCUGCAGACGAAGCAGGCUAACCAGGUGGUGACGCAGAUCCUUGAUGAGCUGAUAGAUGCCAUCAGGAUGCCUGACCGUCCACAGUCGCCCGUCGACGCCUACAUCACGGAGGAGGAGAUCUUCAGGAGACACAACCAGGGGAUGCACUACAGCCACGAGACGGUGGUGGAGCUGAAGCAGAUAUACCUGCAGCUGUUCCCGGAGGAGGAGAGAGUCGGCAAGUUCUGGGACCUCUGUGUGCAGGACCUCAAAGAUCUGGUGAUGGACCUGGAUGAAGAUGAUGAGAACAAGGAACCGUUCCUGCAUCGUAUUAACGAAGCUGUGGGGAAGAUGUCAUACACCCCCAACCACCCGAUACAACAGCAGCUGUACAAGAUAGGGUACGAGUAUCUGAUCGAGGCCGUGGACGGCAUUGUGGGGCAGUCCAUGUUUGUCCGCCACAUCCUGGGGAUGCCCGAGAAAGAAAUAGAGGAGUUUCCAGAAAGUGAUUUAAGACACGACCGAGAAUACUCCUGGGCAUCUUGUUCCUCCACCACUGUCGUACCACAGCCAGAUCCUGCAAAGUUAGCCGUUCCACGUAAAGGUCCAGUCAGAACGAGCAGUAUAGGGGAGGAAGGUGACAGUCGGAGGGGAAAGACGGCAGACAAGUCAAAAGCUGAUGGGAAAGAUAAGAAAGGAGCACCAGGGAAAGACCCCAAGGCUGCCAAAAGCGGGAAAGAGGGAGAGAAUGAAAACCUAUCGACACCCAAGCUAGAUCCAAAGAAGGCACCACCAGGUCCUAAGAAACCUCCCAGUCGAGGCCCAGUAGCUACCCCGGGUCCUGUGGAGAGGGCGGCCACACCCGUCAGUACCCCAUCCAGCCCCACCCCAUAUGCAGAUCCAGUGCUGGAGCGGAAGUACAGGGAAAAACUCUACUGUCAGGCCUACACAGUCAUUGGUGAAGCCAUUGACAGGAUGGACCAGGCUUUUGCUGAUAUGCUGAAAAACAACACACUUGACAGACUACGACCAGUAUAACACACAGCAUGCACCUGUAUAAUAUUUCGUCAUUAGGCUUGAAUUUCAUCUAUUCAGAGGAUUGACUGUGAAAAUGUUUUACCAUCCAAAUUAUACUAUUCUGAAGGGUAUAGGUAACAUGACCCCAAAAAUUUAAAUUAACAAGUGUAAACUGGAAAAACAUCAAAUAUAUUAUAUCAUAAAUUUUCAUUUGUGCUAAAAUUCAAAGGAAAUAAGGAUUUGCAAUGCAUUACGAGACUUGGAAUGAAACAACGUAAUGUAUGCUACACAAUCACUACACCCACUGGUAAAACUGAGCCUAAUGUAGACAAAGAACACUGUGAUAAUGAAAAGUCAAGAAUGUGAUAUUGAUUAUAAUGUAUAAUUAAUUUUUAUACAUAUAUGUACAUGAAAUAAGCUUAAAAUAUAAAAUGAAUAUAUUAAUUUAUGUUUGUGUAAUUGAUUUUUUUUUUCUCUGAUACUCAACUAAACUUCUUUGUUUUGAUAUCUAAGCUUGACUAUUUUAUGAAUGGUCCCUUUUGAUUUAAGAUAUAUUUGACCAGUUCUAAGAUUUCAAGUUUUUUUGUUGAUUCUGAUUGAAAUGUGUUAAAACAUUCAUUGUUUUGACUGUAAACAUCUAUAAUCAUGAUAAUACAUUUUGAUGUUUGAUAAUAGUUAACAUACAAUUAUGCAUGUUAUGAUUUUUGUUUUCAGGAAAGUAUUUUUUAUUGUCUGUUUGAUUAUGAAUCUGGCAACAAUUUCGCAAACUACAUGUAUGUUGAAAAGUAAAGCAAUAUUAUGCCAAA